CUCCGACCCCAAUGCAUUCCAACUAGUCCCCAGUCAGUCUAUCAGCACCUCCAAUCCCACUCCAAGCUGCCAAGAUGCUCUGCAAGACUGUCUAGAUGCCGCAGCCACGUAUCGAACCUCGGGGAGUCGGUCUACCACGGCGGCAUGAAGGACCCUGCCCUGACCACCACGGUAUGCUCGGCUUCCUGCGGCCAGACGCUGGCCCGCUCCCAUGACCACGUCGUGGCCCAGUGCAAUGUAGAUGCCCUGAUCGCCGAGAAAUUUCCGGUCUUAUGGGUCAUUGACAGUAUCUGCGUGGGCUGGAAUGAGACGUGCAUGAAAAACGCCGACGGCGCGUAUUGUAAUGAUGUAAUCGAUUCAUGGGAUGUGGCAUCACCCGAUACCUGCGGCGAUUGCUGGAUCCUUACGCUUUCCCCAGCCAUCAAGGCGCUAUGGGCCUGGCUCUAA